CAUCUGGACACGCCAUCAUGCGGCGCCACGGACCAGGCAUCUGCUAUGCCUUCCAACGAGGCCAAUGCCAUCGUGGAGCAGCGUGCCAUUAUUCGCAUGAACCCACAGCACGCAACACACGUCAAGGCACUAAGAGAGACAAGGACACAACUUCGCCAGAGCUCGAUACCUGGAAAGACAUGGCCUUCCAAAAGUCUCNNCCCCUCGGAUUUGGCCUAGGCAAGUUUUUCGGUCAGGCACUGCGCUUGGUCCAGCUCGAUGAUGCUUGUCGUCAAGAAGUCAUCAAGAGCCUCGCAACCGACAAAGGUUUGCACAAGGUUCUCGAACUUGUCAACCAGAAGUUCCAAGGCAUGACAGAUAAGGUCCUCGUGCAUAUCUUCGUCUCUCAGAUCAGUCCUUUCUUCCGUGUCCUCUCUGAAGAGCAUGUCAUGUCUUCGCCUCUUCUCGAACGCCAUCUCGGAGAUAUUUGCCAGUUUCUCUGUGGUGUGGGAGGUAGCAGAGGCGAGGGACUCNUUGCUGCUGUCGUCCGCGCCCUUAACGCACUCUUACAGAAGUCCGACAUUGAGUUCUUCACCUCGCUCGAAGCUUCUCUUGCCGUUCUUAUGAAGCUCGUGAAAUUUAACAGCACAGCAAAGGUCACGCCUUGUUUCUCAGCAUAUGCAUCUGCUUUGGCCGUCAUGUUGACACCUCAAUCUGACCCAGCUGCAGACAAUUUGCGCUAUCAAGCGGCAAAGCACCUGGACAGUAUCAACAAACGCCUAGGCAUCGGCACAUCAAUUCGCAAUAUCGGAUCAGUUAUCACCGAAGACACCGCUUCGAAACCAACAUUCUCUCUGCAACGCAGUCUUCCUGGAAGACUUCUCAAUGGAAGGCCUCGGCACAACAAUGACUUCGACUCGAUCGAAAAGAUUCAGAUCAUGCCAACAUCGGAAGAAAUCCAGAGUACGCAUGCAGAGUACCUUCCCUUGCAGGAUCCAUCUACCUGGCACAAGGCAGGUGUUGCAGGUCUUAUUGAUCGCCACUUCAGAUUGCUGCGUGAGGACACUAUCGGUCAGCUGCGUGAUAGUGCUCGUGUCGAACUCGAAGCUCUUCAGGGAAUGGAACCACAGCGCGGCAAGUCAACGCUUCGAAAUGUCCUCGUUGAAUUACCGAAGUUCGACUCUCUCAGAGGCUUGGAGUUUGUCAUCAGCUUCGAUCAGCCACCAGAGCUCAGAUCAAAAUCAAAGAAGCAACGUCAGGACUGGUGGGCUCAUUCAAAGAGAUUGGAUGGUGAUGCUCUCAUUUGUCUCAUCAGCUCGACCAAGGCUUUUGUCUUCUGCAGUGUCUGCUUUCCACACGACCCAUCAAAGCGACCUAAGGAUCAGGAGAAAGUUUUCGACCCACACCGAAACAUCGUCUCGCACUCCGACAACCGUGUUCGUGUGAUUGCCCGACCUAGUGAGAUGAACGCUGAGAGUAUUACUCACAUUCUUGUGCUUCUUCCUGCAUUCCUGCCCACCCUCACCGCGCUGAAGACUAUCUCCAGAAACGGGAAUCUGCCCUUCUCCGACUUCCUUGCUCCUUCCCAAGGUAGCGGAGAAAGUACUGUGGUCGUUCCACCACCCGCAUAUUCUCAGAGAGCUGGAUUUAGCUUCAAACUUGACUCUAUCAUCAAAGAGGGGACUUCAGCUUUCAAUCCUACAAAGUUCAAGCGAUCCGACAUUGAUGCUCUCCAUAAGGUAUCGACCUUGGAUAACACGCAAGCUUCUGCUCUACUGAGCUCACUCUCUAGGUCAUUCGCGCUCAUUCAGGGCCCUCCUGGAACCGGGAAAAGCUAUACCGGUGUUGCUUUGAUGAAGACCUUGGUGAGCAACAAANAGGCAGCUGCUCUUGGCCCCAUUCUGGUCGUCACCUUUACAAACCAUGCUCUGGAUCAGUUUCUCGAACAUCUACUCGACCAGGGCAUCACCCAAAUAAUCAGACUAGGCUCAAACUCAAGAUCCGAGCGCAUGGCUGAUAUCAACCUC